UUCGCGGGCUGCGGCUUCCUCGGCAUCUACCACAUCGGCGUGGCCUCCUGCCUCCGCGAGCACGCGCCCUUCCUGGUGGCCAACGCCAAGCACAUCUAUGGCGCCUCGGCCGGGGCGCUCACAGCCACGGCGCUGGUCACAGGCGCCUGCCUGGGUGAGGCCGGUGCCAACAUCAUUGAGGUGUCCAAGGAGGCCAGGAAGAGGUUCUUGGGCCCCCUGCACCCCUCCUUCAACCUAGUGAAGACCAUCCGGGGCUGCCUGCUGAAGACGCUGCCCGCCGACUGCCAUGAGCAAGUCAACGGGCGGCUGGGCAUCUCCCUGACCCGAGUCUCUGAUGGUGAGAACGUCAUCAUAUCCCACUUCAACUCCAAGGAAGAGCUCAUCCAGGCCAACGUCUGCAGCACCUUCAUCCCGGUCUACUGUGGCCUUAUCCCCCCUACCCUCCAGGGUGUGCGCUAUGUGGAUGGCGGCAUCUCCGACAACCUGCCCCUCUACGAGCUCAAGAACACCAUCACUGUGUCCCCCUUCUCGGGAGAGAGUGACAUCUGUCCCCAGGACAGCUCCACCAACAUCCACGAGCUACGCUUCACCAACACCAGCAUCCAGUUCAACCUUCGCAACCUCUACCGCCUCUCCAAGGCCCUCUUCCCCCCGGAGCCUAUGGUGCUGCGGGGGAUGUGUAAGCAGGGCUACCGGGACGGACUUCGAUUUCUGCGACGCAACGGCCUCCUGAGUCAGCCCAACCCCCUGUUGGCACUGCCCCCCACCCGGCCCCGCACCCCUGAGGAGGAGGAGGCUGCGGAGGCUGCCGAGGCUGCGGAGAGGGCCCGAGCUGAGGAGCACCUGCAGCCAUCUGGGGAGGACCACAUUCUGGACCACCUGCCCACCAGGCUCAAUGAGGCCCUCCUGGAGGCCUGCGUGGAGCCCAAGGACCUGUUGACCACCUUGUCCAACAUGCUGCCCGUCCGCCUGGCCACGGCCAUGAUGGUUCCCUACACGCUGCCUUUGGAGAGUGCAGUAUCCUUCACCAUCCGCUUGCUGGAGUGGCUGCCGGACGUGCCUGAGGACAUCCGGUGGAUGAAGGAGCAGACCGGGAGCAUCUGCCAGUACCUGGUCAUGCGCGCCAAGAGGAAGCUGGGCAGCCACCUGCCCAGCAGGCUGUCCGAGCAGGUGGAGCUGCGCCGCGCACAGUCGCUUCCCUCUGUUCCACUGUCCUGUGCCGCCUACAGCCAGGCGCUGCCCAACUGGAUGCGCAACAACCUCUCGCUUGGGGAUGCGCUGGCCAAGUGGGAGGAAUGCCAGCGCCAACUCCUGCUUGGUCUCUUCUGUUCGAACGUGGCCUUUCCCCCGGACGCCCUGCGCAUGCGUGAGCCGUCCAGCCAUGCCCCAGAGACCCUGCAGCAACCCCAGGGCUUGCCCCCAAGCUGAUCUGAUUACCGCCUCAUCUUCCCCAGCCCCCGGUGCCAAGGGUGGUACCCCCACUCAGCCUCCCUGCCUGGUGAGGCGGGGCCCUGGGCCGGCCAAGCCCCCCUCUGAAUACAGGUUGCAGAGGGAGGGCUUGGUGCUCCCCUCCCCUCCCCUCAGAGGGGUGCUCUCCAUGACUCCCAGCCCCCUUCCAACAAACCACUCACUGCUGCACUGAGUGGGGAAGAGUGCAGGUGCCCCCUCCCCUACAUGGAUGGCUCCCUCACCUGUGCCUUAACCUCCUCCCCACCUGCCGUGGGCAGUAUUACUCCAGAGAACUUCACCCUGUGCUUCCUCCCCAAUCUUUUUUGCUGAAGGAUGUGUGUCAGAUUUAUUUAUUUUCACCAAAACCGAUUUAAUAAAAGCCACAGCUCAA